AGGAAAUAAAGUUUUGACGAAUGUUUUUUGCAAUAAAGAUUCCCUAAUGAUAAUAGAAUGACCGUUGAAGAAGGUGACUAAAGGGACGUGUUGGAAAGCCUGGUGGAGUUUUCUAAAAGUUUAGAUUCCACAAAAUCUCUCAAUGGCAGCUAAUGGUUCUACUAAAACACUCAAGAAAAGGAAGACGGUUAUAGGAGGUACUAAGGGACGGAAGAAGCAAAGUCCAAUAAACAUCACAAAUGAUAUAACCGAUCAAGAUAGAAUGCUGAAAGCAUCAAAGCUCAAAUUUUUUUAUACGAUCGGCGAUCUGAAAACAAUUGAGGUUAAUGGCGAAGGGUUUUCAUGUAAAACUGAUGAAGGAUGCACUUCAGAGUUAACUGCGUCACAUCUUCCGGAUGUUUAUAAACUUUGGGAAUUUCAUGCUCAUUGGGGAACAGAAAAAGAUUGCGGUAGUGAACACUUAAUUAAUGGGAAAGGCUUUUCCGCCGAGCUACAUUUUGUUUUUUGGAACAAAAAAUACGGCGGAUUCAAUGAAUGCUUAAAUAAAUCUGAUGGAUUGGCAGUAUUGGCUAUUUUCUUGCAAGAAGACUCAGUUGAUAAUGAAAAUUUUUCACCAAUCAUCGAUGGUAUUAACAGUUCAUUAGGCCACUUGAGCCGUGUUGAUCUGGAGCCAGAAUUUGAUCCACUCAAAUUACUUCCAGUGAAGUUGUCGUAUUAUGCGUACGAAGGGUCACUAACUUCCAAACCAUUCCAUGAAUGUGUCAUUUGGACAGUACUGAAACAUCCUAACACUAUAAGUCUUAAUCAGCUGGAAUUAUUACGGCGGAUUAUUCCGAGAAAUUGUCGAUUUCAACAUCCGUUAAAUGAACGCCGAGUGAAACGCUCAUUCAAAUUCGUCAAAAAAUCCUGAUGUAUAUUUCACUUUUUCGACACAUGC